ACGUCACCAUUUGCCAGCGUGGAAAACGCGUCUCGCAACAAACCAGGAAGUAAACUGCACGGUUGGCUCUGACGCCCCAGAAGGAGCAGGAAGCACUUAAAAGUCAACAUUACAGCCUUUCUUCAAGCAAGCUCUAUGACGGGAUUGCUUUGCCAUAGGUUUAUCUUUUCAUCGCUGAUUGAGGGGCGCUUUCAGUGAAGUCGGUGAAGCACACACACACAGCCGGCAGGUAUACAUCUUUGGAGAUGGUGGACACCACACUGGUUCAAGUGGGCAUGAAUCUGACUGAAGCCAUGAAGAUCUUGGAAGACGGUCAAAGAGGCCUGGAAGAGAGACCAGAGGGCUCAAUCUUCAGUAGAGCCAGCAUACCUGGCCCUCUGCUUGAAGUUGGUCAGGAUGUUGCCACCAUACUGCACAGGAUUCACAGCCUCAUUCAUGAAGAGGAGGAGGGAGAAGACAAGCCAAACCCACAGAUGCAGAAUGUGGGUGAGCAGGGUCACAUAGCACUAUUGGGCCACAGCCUGGCAGCCUACAUUUCAGUGCUGGACAGAGAGCGACUUCGGAAGCUGACCACUCGGAUCUUGUCUGAUACCACGCUGUGGCUCUGUAGACUGUUCAGAUACGAGAACGGUUCAGCUUACUUCCAUGAAGAUGACAGAGAAGGCCUGGUCAAAGUAUGUCGACUGGUCAUCCACGCUUGCUAUGACGAUUAUGCCUCUGAGGGCUUUGCUGUCCUCAGCUCAAAGCAGCCGGUCAUCUACCAGAGCGCUUCAGGCAGACCAGGCCUGGGACAGCAUCUGUGCAAUCAACUCGGCCUGCCUCUCUCCAAUUUGUGCACAGUACCAUGCAACACCCUCUUUGGAUCGCAACAUCAAAUGGAUAUUGCUCUGUUGGAAAAAUUUAUCAAAGAGGACCUGGAGAGUGGGAAGUUGCCUUUGUUGUUGAUAGCCAAUGCAGGUACCCCUGGGGCAGGUCACACUGAUAAGUUGGGGCGCCUUAGGGACCUGUGUGAUCAAUACAAAAUGUGGCUCCAUGUGGAGGGGGUCAACCUGGCGACACUGGUGAUGGGUGAGGCCACCUCUGCUGUUACGGCAGCAACCAGAUGUGACAGUAUGACGCUUACACCAGGUCCGUGGCUGGGAUUGCCCGCUGUUAGCGCCGUCACUCUCUACAGACACGAAGACCCUGCACUGUCUCUGGCUGCAGGUUUGACCUCUAGUCAGCCUGUAGCGAAGCUGCGGGGAUUGCCUCUUUGGUUGUCUCUGCAGUAUCUUGGUCACAGUGGAAUCAACCAAAAGAUAACACAUGCCAUCAUGCUGACUCAACAACUGCUACAGAACCUGAAAUCGAUGAGCUCCAUCAAAACAUCGGUGGAGGAUGAACUCAACUCCCCUGUGCUGCUGUUCAGGUUUUCUCAGGAAAUUAGUGCAGCAUCCAGCAGUGGUUCAGUGGAGGCUUACUGUGCUGGGGAGAAGGAGGCACUUGAUGCAUUCAACAGAUGGCUUGGCAAAGAGCUUGCUCGGAUGGUUCCUGCCAGUGGAGUCGAAGUUGUGGAACUUGAAGAUGAAGGCACCUGUGUCCGGUUCAGCCCGCUCCUGACAGCCGCAGAUUUAGGGACUCAACCUGAGGAUGUUGACAAUGUGAUUAAAAAGUUGUUGGAGUUGGUGCCUUUGAUGACCUCCACAAUGUCUCUCAGACAAGACUUUAAAGAGGAGACUCACCAACGCUCACCUUACCUCAGAUACAUCGAAGAGCUUAGUUGGCCAGGCCUCGGAGCUGUCAGAUAUGAGCCUCAGGUGGAGGGAAUUGAUGAUAGCAGAAGGACAAAGGAAAUCAAGAAAAUAAACACCCAACUACUGAAGAAACUGCAAGAGCUAGACACUGACAUUGUCUUCUCUUCUGGCCAAGAGUUUGCCGGAGAGGAAGACGGCAUCUUUAUAAGCAUGGUAGCUGACGACGUUGACGUUUCGGAGCUUGUGGAAACAAUAGUGACGCUGGGCCGUGACAUUGAAGAGAAUGGAAGACUACUGGAGAACAUGACGGAGGUGGUGAGGAAAGGCAUUCGGGAAGCAGAACUGGAGCUGCUAAAAGCCAAUGAUGAGAAACUCAUGGAAGAGGGCAUGCUGAGACAACUUCCUGUGGUUGGCUCUGUUUUAAACUGGUUUUCUCCUGUUCAAGCUUCAGUUAAAGGGAGGACUUUCAACCUGGCAGCAGGUUCCUUGGACUCCACAGAAGUGACAUAUUCUACCAAGGCCCAGUCAGGCAGAUCUCCCUUAAAAGACUCUCCCACCUUGUCAUCUGAGAAACUGCAAGGUCAAAAGUUGUUUCGGCGCUCAGCUGCAGGUUCUGAUUCCGUUAGCGAAAGCAGCUCAGUUGGACAAGCUGAGGGCUCAACCAGUAUCCGCUCAUCCAUCUCCAUAUGUGUACCAGAGGAGGACUCUGCAUCUCGACACAUUCCGGAAGAAAUUCCAGAAUCGUGUCAGCAGAAAAACCAUGACCAGGUGGAGGACAAAGCACUCUUGGAGGAGAAGAAGCUCGAAGGCCAAGACGGCCAGUCGUCAUAAUGGUACCAGCCUACCGAAGACGUUUAAUACGUAAAGUAUGAAAGAGUUAAGUCUAAUUGUCUCUCAAGAGUGAGUCUCUGUCCAAUAAGGAUAUCAGCAAAUAUUGUAACACUGUGACGCUCGUUUUCUAAUCGCUUCCAGUGGCUGCAGUUGCAUUUAAACAUAUUUUGUUUGACAUAUCAAGAUGGACCGAGACGUCCGUCCGUCCAUCCAUCCAUCCAUCCAUCCAUCCAUCCAUCCAUCCAUCCAGACCACCGACCCACCCGGAUUGCUUAUUUAGGGAUUAAUAAGAUAAGCAUUAAUUGCACUGGAUAACAAAUUCAAGUAUUUCUUAAUGCAUUCCAUGCGUAUUCAUUUUUAAAGUGUUAAACUCCCUUCAAAAGACCUUCCUUGUUUAGAUGCCUAUUUGCAGUGUCAAAAGCAUUGCUAGUGGGAGGAAUGCUAAUUUACAAAAAGAAAGCACGACAUAAAAAGGAAAUGGCUUAUUAAAACAGUUGUGCUUCAUGGUGCACUGCUGUGAUUGUAAUGCAAAAAUGUCUAGGACAUAUUUGAUGACACAACACUGCAGAUAAAUAUCAUCUACCUUUACUUUGUCUAUGCAAAUCGAAAUAAAUGACACAAAUUAAGAAUAUUGUAAAGCUAUAGGCGCAUAUCUACACACAUAGAAAGCAAUGAAAAUGGUACCAGAACAUGGGAUUUUGGUACAGUAAGGGUAAAGUGGGAUUAGGUUAUUUAGAAAAUGACACCAUAUUGCAGCCAUAGCCAUGCUAAAACAAAACAAAAAAUCUAUGCACUACACUAUAAAGCAUUUUUAGAUAGUCCACUUGACCUGGCUCAAAUGUCUUUGCCUGAUUGUGUAUGAAUAAGACAGUCAAAUGGCUUAGUCGUGCUGUCAAUGUAAUUUUGUACUCUGGAGGGAUGUUCACAACUCAACUUUAUUUAUAGGAGCAUUGAGCUCAGUGCCGUUUUCCCGACCCUGACAAAUUCUUAUUCACAUUAUGAAUAGCUUCUCUUGACCUCAAUGAGCUUUGGUGAAUGGAGCAAACUGCAGGAGUUUGGGUUCGAAAAACUUUUGUGUCACCUCUUGUAUCUCCUUUGAGCUCAAGGCUGCAAGAUAUGUUUUUGUUUCAUUUGAAAAUCAUACCAAUCAGAAAAAAAAUGCUGGUAGCAAAUAUGUGUUACAAAUGUUUACUUUGUUUUUCUUUUAACUUUUUCAAUGGGUGAAAACAUAAUUGCGUGCCGUUGAACGGGAAGGGAAGCCUCUUUGAAUUGGUGAUGGAUGAUUGACAGUUUGUCAAUACUAUUUGGAACUUGGCAAGAGAGAUAGAACCAGGCCUGGCAAACAUUUGAAUAUGCCUUGCCUACUAUAACUGUUAUAAAGAAAAAUGCCAGUCGAAUUACUGUGAGCCAGGUCUAUCUGGAAUAUUUAGAUGAAUUGAUGCACAAGCAUUUCUGGAUAGAAAUGUAUUGAAGUGGUAGGAUUAAGUUAUUGUGGUGAGAAUGAAAAUGGGUUAAGAAAUAAGUUACCUUAAUUGCACUUGUAAAUAAUUUCUUACAUGAUGUAAAUUAAACUCAUGCUUAAUGAUUGAUUACAUGUCGGAUGAUGAUAAAGUUCUGUCUCUAACUUUGUAAACUUCCAAUCUUUCAUGAAUUUUGAUUGAAUGAAAUCUGUAAACCAA